UCUGAGCUCUUUGGUCACCGCACGUUUUAAAAAUUUGUGUCUUUCAAAUUUCUUUAUGUCAAAAUAGUGGUGACAGGAGGUGUAAAUUUCAAAAUGGGUAAAGUCAAGUGCUCCGAAUUGCGAACUAAGGAUAAGAAAGAACUCUUCAAGCAACUUGAAGAGCUGAAGACUGAGCUGACUAAUCUGAGAGUUGCCAAAGUCACCGGAGGUGUUGCUUCAAAACUCUCUAAAAUACGAGUGGUGAGGAAAGCUAUUGCACGAGUCUACAUUGUUUACCAUCAGAAAAUGAAGGUCAAUCUCCGAAACCAUUAUAAAAAUAAAAAAUACAAGCCAUUGGACCUCAGACCCAAGAAGACCCGUGCUAUGCGUAAGGCUUUAACAAAACAUGAAGCCAAACUUAAAACACGCAAGGAAAUUAGGAAGAAAUCCUUGUUCCCACCACGUGUUUAUGCUGUGAAAGCUUAAUAAAUCUAAAUCCAACAUA